AUGGCGUCUGUUGAGACGUUUGAAUCCACACUUAAGGAUGUUGUGCGAGCAAAGCGGAUCUCUGCGUCGAAAAUGGUGACUUUGACCGACAUCGCCUUGAAGUGUAUGCAGAAUGACACGCAACUGGUGUCAAUUCUUUAUCGCACCCACAAGUCUCUAUCGACGUCCUGCAAAGUCUCCAGCCUAUAUACUUUUGACGCGUUAGCGCGCGCCGCACGUCACCAGGUGACCAAGCAAGGCCUUACGGGGGACGUCAACGCCGAGCAGGGCAACUGUGCCACAUUCCUGUUGAAGAUGGAAGGUAUCUUGGAUGGCCUGUUCAACGAUAUGGUAUCUUCCGGGAGCGAAUCGAAGGAUAAAACCAAGAAAAUCCUUGAUAUCUGGAUCAAGUCGAAUACGUUCCCUGCGGAUGUACUAGCUCGUCUGACGAAGUUACUGAAGGGAGCAGCGGAAAAAGAACCCAAAGCGAUCACAAGCGCGGCUGGAGAUCCGCACAAUAAUCAUCCUACUCCUUCGACGUCCGCCACACCGCCGCAGGCAUCGGUGCUUCAAGGGGGAGCGACUGAUCCCAGUUCAGUCCAAUCGACACUACUCGCGCUUUUGAGUCAAGCUGCGAACGCAGUGGCCGGUACCAACGGCCAAACAACACCAAACACAGCCGCCACGCCUGUGCUGGAUGCGAAUCAGCUCUCGCUGUUCCAACAUUUAACGCAGGCAGCGAAAUUGGGAAGUGGAGUGCCUACGCAGCCCCUACCAUUACCCGUGUCAUUAGUCCCAUCAUCCUCAUCAAAUGCUGUUCCUGUAGUGUCUCCUGUCGGAGGGCCCUCGCAGCGUACACCGAAUCGAGAUGAUCAUAACGGUUCCGGUCGUAGAGAGUCCAAUCAUGACAGAGGCGGCGUUAGAGGCAGCUUCCGCGGUGGGUUUCGCGGUGGGUUUCGCGGUCGCGGUCGUGGCGGCUACGAUCACUACAGAGACAGACCCCGAGACCGGGAAGGGGACCCCCCACCCAGAGGACGGCGCAGCCGCUCUCGCAGUCCACCUAAUAGAUACGGCGGACGCAGAGACGUAAAGCCAUACAGCCCACCCAGCCGCCCUUCCGCAUCGCAGUAUCCUACCAGGGACUCGACCUUUACUACUACAAAUGCGGCAGGACCCUCGCGGGCGCCCGACACUGGCAAAGACGAGUUCGGACGCGAUCUCAGAGCGGCGUCGCCCUCGCGCCCGGCCGCAGAUACACAAGCUGCACCUGCAGCUCCAGCACUGGUGGCGAGACACCAGUCGCCGCCAGUGCCCAAACCAGCGCCAAACGCAAUAUCUACAGUAGAUCACACAUCCGGAGGCUCCGAUGCUCCACAAGGCGCAGAGUCACUGACGGAUCCCGCCCCUGCGCCUGCGCCUGGAGCAAGCGCAGAAGGCGCGCCAGCGGAGAAGGGGCUCGAAGCGUUCGACGUGGCAGCGUUCGACCCGUCGGAGGCGCAUUCGUGGGAGGCGCUGGGCAACGCGUGGGCGGUGACGCACGGGUACCUCCCCACGCAGGCGGAGCUGAUGCAGUUCGUGAUGUCUGGCGGGUUCAUGGGGCUCGCUGUAGCUAGUCAGUUCGGUACACAACAACAACAACAGCAGCAGCAGCAGCAGCAGGCGAGCCAGUGGGCCGGCCAGAAGAAUAACUCCUGGGGGGCGUCAUACCAGGCGCAAACCGGUGCGGCCUGGCGCGGCGGUGGGAUAAGAGGGGGAGGACGUGGGGGCCACGGGUACGGCAAUGGCCGAGACGCGGAAUACACGGAACGGGCUUACCCUGUGGACUCAGCUUACGGAGGCGAGUAUGGCAUUGGCGCUGGCUGGUCUGGCGCGGGCGCAGGCGACGAGCAGAGCAGGGAACCGCCGAAUGAGAAUGCUAGCGAUCUGCCCGUGCAGGGCUCACCGGACUCUUCUGGCGAGGGCGGGGCCGUGGGCGGUGUGGGCGGUGUGGGGCGGAUGCAGCGGAUCGGGGACAAGUGGGUGUUUGUUCGGCACGACGCGUCAGAAGUAGCAUAG